AUGGACUUCAUAACAUUUUCCACUUUCGUAUUUCUUCUGGGUAUUUCGGUUCCAACUGUGAAAGGUACGCUACCGCCAUGCUGUUUUAUAAACAAUGAUUCUAAACCUAAAUACAAACAUUUUUCCCUGUUAAUAAAUGCAGGGAUAAUGUAGUGAUUUGCUUGACUUUUCACGGUAUCAGAAAUUUUAGAGAAAAUUCUGCUGGUUACUCUUAAACUAUGAGUUUCAUUAGUUCGCCGGAAACGUAACCUUCGAAAGCAAAUCAAAAGUUAAAAUUAAUCCUGCAAACACUUUAAUUUGUAUUUUUUUCCUUUCCAUACUCUUAGGACGACAUAAUUAUUAGAAUUACGAAAUAGAAGUAUGAGUGCUUAGGAAAUUUAACGACACAACCGCCCUUUUUCCAUUCCGUUUGGGUAACUAAAUGACAAAAUUAGACAGUGACAAUUAACACGAGGAGCCGCAAGGGGUGAUAUUUUUGCACGGCAUCUGGCGGCACAUCAAAGAAUUUGGAAUUGAAGGGCAAAUUCCUAGAAUAUCUUCGCCAGUUAAGCUAGAGAAAAGGUGUUAAAAAACCUCAGGAUCCAAAACAACACGUCAAUCAAAAUAUCACUUGGACCUUUUCGCUAAUGAAGAGCUAUCACGCAGCUAAGCUUGAAUUAGACAUAUAUUGAAAUAGGAACUCGUGUCAAUAAAGUAUCAGAAGUGAGCGGGAAUCGCUCCUGGUUAAAAAACUGGUUCACAGGGAUAUGCAUCUCUUCUAGUUAAGAGAAGGGAAUCAGAACUGCUUUUCAUGCAGGAACAUGUUUUCUUCGGGCUAACUACAAAACCUCAGCUUAUUUCACUCCUUGACAUUGUCAAAGCGCAUUUUGUAAAGAUAACCUUUUUCCUCUUUAUGAGCUUUUUUUAUAUUCUAUUCCAUUAAUGUUUAACCUCCCUCAAAAAGCCAAGUAAUAUAAAUGCUGUUGUUAAAAAAAAGCGUUUUACUUGUUUACGUGAAUUCGCUACCCAAAGAUCACUAUGCUCAAAGGACAGGGCAAAAUUUCCAGGAGAGAGGCAUUAAUUUUUUUCCCACGAGGUUUCAAAGAGAAAAUGCAAUGAUUAUUAUUAAUGUAACCAUCAGGUAUACUCUACCCACGAGUUUACGGACAGCAAAUGCAGUGAUUAUUAUUAAUGUAGCCAUCGGGUAUAUUCUACCCACGAGGUUACAAAGAGAAAUGCAAUGAUUAUUAUUAACGUAACCUUCAGGUAUGUUCUACCCACGAGGUUACAGAGAGCAAAUGUAGUGAUUAUUAUUAAAUGUAACCGUCAGGUAUAUUCUACCCACGAGGUUACAAAGAGAAAAUGCAAUGAUUAUUAUUAACGUAACCUUCAGGUAUGUUCUACCCACGAGGUUACAGAGAGAAAAUGCAGUGAUUAUUAUUAAAUGUAACCGUCAGGUAUAUUCUACCCACGAGGUUACGGAGAGCAAAUGCAGUGAUAUUAUUAAUGUAACCAUCAGGUAUGUUCUACCCACGAGGUUACAAAGAGAAAGUGCAGUGAUUAUUAUUUACGUAACCUUCAGGUAUGUUCUACCCACGAGGUUACAGAGAGCAAAUGCAGUGAUUAUUAUUAAAUGUAACCGUCAGGUAUAUUCUACCCACGAGGUUACAAAGAGAAAAUGCAAAGAUUAUUAUUAUCGUAACCUUCAGGUAUGUUCUACCCACGAGGUUACAGAGAGCAAAUGCAGUGAUUAUUAUUAACGUAACCUUCAGGUAUGUUCUACCCACGAGGUUACAGAGAGCCUGCAAAUGCAGUGACAAUUAUUAGAUUUUAGUGCAACUAUCAGGUUGAGUUCCUCCAUUAAAAGAGUUUUUUGCUAGGGUUAAACAAGUUUGGCUUUCAUGAGUUCCAAGGUGCAAGAAAUUAUCAGUAUAAUUAUAGCACACAAACAUUGUCAUCUAAUUUUUCGCACGUAGCCGGAAUAAGCCAAGAAAUGAAGCAUAUAUAACGAAAAAUCGUUCUCAGAUGAUCUCCAUAUUAAAUAAAUUAUACUAAACGUUGCGAAAGAAAUUAUUGUUCGUAUCCGUCUUAUCCAUCGUAAAAGCGAGGGGUCAUCGCAUGACAUCCGGUAUAUUAAACAGAGGUAAUACUCACGGGUUUCACGAGUUGUAUGCACUAUUUUUCGCCGAGAAACAAAUUUAAACUUCAAUUCUUACCUUACAGUAGUCCGUUCUUUUACCUUGCAUUCGACAACAAAUCUGUUAAAGGCGAACAAAGCGAUUCCGGCACUCUUCUUUAUGAUGAGUAGCAAGCCGCAGGAACUGAAGCCGCUUGACUGAAGUAAAAUCCACCGAUAUGCACGGCAUUCUCACUACAAAUAUAAACAAACGUUGCGGGGAAAAAAAGACGAGGAGGAAAAAAUGCCAGAUCUUCGCCUGGGCAAUGUAUUCCAGCUACCAUGCCGGCGUAUUUCCAGAAGGUGGACUCGAAGUGAGACAAACCUUGUGAAUUUUUUUAGACGCCCUUUGCGCGCAAACUAAUUUAUUCUGGCGCGAAAUGAAGAUUAACAAUAGGUAUACUGAAAUCUAAUCCACGACAAGAAGAUUUUCGCACUGUAGCGCGACAUAUUAAAUGCCUAUUUUUACAAGUACGCGGAGAAAGUGGUCCACUAGUUUAACUUUUUUAAGAUGAAUUUACUCCACAAAGGCAAAAUGAAUGUUUUAUCUCUAUGUUGUUUACGUGCCGGAUUAGAAGGCAGAAGUAAAUUCAUCAUACAGACCCCAUCAAAAUGAAAGUACACGAAUGAAACGGAAUAAGUCUGGAACGGUUUAGUUUCUACUCGGCAGCUUCUUUGCUUUUAUAACAAAAAUUUAAUGUUGCAGUCUGUUUUAAACGUUGGCAUAUCAAUGCGUACAGUCACUGAAUGAAAACAACAGUCACGAUCACGUUCUUCGAAACCGACCAGACGCGCGCGACCUACCACUGUUAUGGCAAGCAAUUAUCCUGAAGGUGUUAAUGUUCCCGUGACAGUCUUCGCACUGAAGGUGUAAAUGGUAAACCGAACGGUCGCUUUGAUCAUCAGAAAGACCUGUCAACUUUGAUGAUUUAACUGAUUAAAUUACGGGACAGAAAUUUUACUCCUUGCGGCUCCUCGUGCAAGAUUCAUCGGGAUCUUCAGACUUAAUUACACUAUGACUUCUAUCAGAAAGCUGUCGAUGUUUUUGGCCGAUGGAGGGGUAGAAACCAAUGAUUUAUUCAAACUGGACAUUUUAUGAGGCUUUGUUUCAUGUGGAGGCAUUUGGGUCCGAUCUAUAUUCGAUAGAAUAAAGAAAUAUUACAGGAACCGAGUAGUAACGUAUUUGAGCAAGUCAAUUUAGUGCAACUGUUGGAUACUACUAGACAGCAAUUCUUGUUAGGACGGUUCUUGUUUCUUUCCAAUUCAAUCAUAAUUUUUGAGAAAACGUUGGCCUAUGAUUUUCAUUUAUAUCCUAUUUACAUAAGGACCCGUUGCAGCUUGAAGGUUAUUUUCUAAAAUUCAUCGUUAUAAAGGCAUUUAAGAAAUAUAAUAACUUUAACAACAUUGUAGGGUUAAUGUUCAAAUUGUCGUCAAUUUAAUGUAACAUUUUGAUCGUGUUUUCUCAUUAAAGGGAUCUCCUAUCAGGUUGGAAAAGUGAAUGUCUCAGAGACACGUCGAGGAUGGAACUGUAACAGCGGACGUGAGGGGCCAGAACAUUGUACUCUUCCACGUUGUACCAGCGUGGUUUUUCCCCAAAAUUUUAGUGGAUCUGGCACCGUAAGUGUACCUUAAGGAACACUCACUGAUAAGUUCGCUUCAAUUUAUGGGUAGUAAUCAGCGACUGUCACGCCUCAGUUUGCUUUUUUCAAGUUCCUUGAGUAUUUGCUAUCUCUAACACCAAAACGGGGUAGUUUUUAUGACGUUGGUUAAGAAAUGCACGCUUAAGAUUGACAUAUUUCCUUUUCACAAUCCUAUUCCGUUAUAAUAUUCAUCAUAGAUUAUCUUCUUCCUCUAAUCCUCAACUAAACGUAAGCAAUUCUGCGAAAUAUGAAGUUACCGUAAAAUUCCGAAAAUAAGCCCCGGGGCUUAUAUUUUUCAAAGGCCCUUUUUGAGGGGCUUAUUUUUGGAGGGGCUUAUAUUCGGAGGGGCUUCUCUACGGAGGGAAAUUUGCGUUUCAAAAUCGAUUGGGCUGGCCUUAUAGUUGGAAGUAAAUUUAUCGUUUUUGCUUUGUUUUACUUUGUAUUUGAGGGAAAUUUUCCAAGUACAAGCCCCCGGGGGGCUUAUAUUUGGAGGGGCGAUUUAACGGAGGGUUUUUUGCGUUACCGGUUUGGCGGGCUUAUAUUUGGAGGGGCUUAUACAUGGAGGGGCUUGUUUUCGGAAUUUUACGGUAUAUGGAGAUUACAAUAUAAUAAAAAGGAGGUACCCAAAGUUCGAGUUCAGUACGUCCAUUGUGGACAUAAGUAAGAUUUGACUCCAGGAAAAUAUAAGCGACAGUGUUAGCCCAGGCAUGGAUAAGGUACGUAAAAUUCCUAGUCAAUUUACUUUACGAAAUGCGGAUAUAAACGAUCAAUAAGAUUCUUCCCUAUUGAAAAAGGCGGGAAUCGAAAAUUUCCACUGAUGUAUGUCUUAAACUGAAAUACUUUAGGUUCGAGUAUUUGUGUCGUUGAGCCAUGAAGAUACGCCGCCUUCUAAAGUUCAUUCACCUUCGGCCGUUUGGGCAGAGUCAAUAAACACUGCUGGAUUUCAGUUAUGUUCGCGUGCUCCAGGUUCCACAAAUAACACUGGAAUAAUCAACUGGGUAGCGUUCCAGAACAAACCAAUGUUAGCACAUGGGAGUGUCACUUUUAGGGGAAUAUGGACCACGGAAGCCAAAUGCCAGAAAGAGGCUUUUUCUCCGGUCAGACAAAUAGAUCUAUUGCAAUAAUUGGACUUGGAAUAACGCCAUGGUAGGUAUUACUAAAACAUUUAAUAUUUAUUCUACUAUUCGAAAUGUGUAUUGUUGGACAGUCAGGAUUAGGAGAGGGUACAGCUCACACACUAGUUUCGCUCGUAUGGGGGUUUAGUGCUGAGACCCACCGAUCUCGAAAAGCAGAUCAUAGCGGAAAGUGAAGUAAAUAAAUAAAAACCAAGAGAGAUUCUCUCUUGUGUGCCAUUAGUGCACUAAUUAACAAUUAUUAUUCAUUUAAAAUAUUCCCCCGAUUCUGAUUGGCUAAAAGUACACGCAUAAUUCACCAUAACCAGUUACUGAUGACCAAAUUUGGAAGAAUUUAAUGAGGAAAUGACGUCAAAAAUGCAGCGUUCAUUCAGGUUAAGGCACCGUUAACCGAGAAGACCUGGGGACGAGGUUGAGUUGUUUUGGUUGUGAAAACGAAAAAUGGCGGACCUUUCACCCGUUUCAAGAGUAAGAACUAGGCGAAAAAAUUGCUAAAAACAUGGCAAGAACAGCAAGAAGACAACUCGAAGGGCGACAUCUGCUAUUUGGAGAAUAUUUGCGAAGCUGGACAAACCUAAACAUGCACUAUCGAAGAUGAACAUAACAUCGAUGGAUCGAUGGAGGUAAGCAUGUUUUAGCCAUGUUUUUAAACUAGGAAUUAUUUUGCAUGAAUAACAAAACAAUUAUUGAAUUCGGCUUCCGCAUCAUAUGAAGAAUUAUGGAAAUCUCGGAGGGUGUUAUCCGCAACACCCUCCUCGAUCUCCAUAAUUCUUCAUAGGAUACCCAGCCUCAUUCAUUAAUUGUUAAUUAUUCCUCGGGCCUGAAUGGGAUAUUGACUCAGCGACCAUGAGGGGGCGAGGAAUAGGUGUUUUAGUAAAAGCCAACUAGUUGGUAAAAAAUAUCGACACAAAACAUGUACAACUUAAGUCAGCAAAACGCGAUUCAGCCAUUGUUUUGGUUUUCAAAGCCGGCGCUUUUCGCUACAAGUGGGCUAUAACAUAUAGCCUAGAAGUAGCUCAACCAAUCAGAACGAAACAUUAAUAAUAGACAACUAGUUGGAUUUUACUAAUACUGGAUAGCGCCCGGGCGCUUAUUCGAGGAAAUACAACAUUUUAUAAAGUGGUUAUGCAUACUCUGCUAAGUAUCACGGGAAGUAUCUAACAAGUCUUGAUUUCGUUUGGUUGUUUUCUCAUCCAUCAUGCUUAUUGCCCGCGCGUUUUAUCGUCACAAGAAUUUCCUUUGGGAAAACCGUAUCGUGUAAAUUGACCGUCGCCGAAGAGUAUUGCGUAAUAAAACUGACCUUAAAACGGUAAAUUAAGGGGCAUGCAAUAACUUCUGAAAAGGGUGAAGGGUGGUUGCGAGUUUAAAUUAGCUUGGGAAAGAACGUUUACCAAGCCUACUACUGUAGUCGAAUUUGACUACUAACUUUCGAAUUUAAAUGUAAGAGUAUCAAGUCGAUGCAUAAUAUUCUGCUCAUUCGAGGUUUGUUUGCAAAGUAUUGUUCCUGUUUUUUCAAAUAAUCCUGGAUCCCUCAUAAAUUUAAUUGUAUACUUCUUAAACGUUAAGUAAAGGCGACACGCGGCGUGUCGCCUUUUCUCGCGUGGGGUGAUUUUCACGCGCGCUCGCGUUUCGCACGCUCUACUAUCUCUGAGGAAAAAUGGGGGACUACUCGUAGUCUAGGAUUGAUGGACUUCUUUGUUUACUGUUGUAAGGAAAUUAUAAGUAUUUUAAUAACAGCUUGGCUUUUACUCUUGGCUCCCUCUUUAUUAUAAUUAUAUUCAUGUAACCUACAUUAUUUUGUUUCUCAGAGCUUUGCUUCUAGGCCACAGGUGUUUGUUUCCGUUAAGUAUACUCGUAACAUAAAGCCAAAUGAUGCCAUGUACUUAUGGUUAGAAAACGUGAAUUCAGGAGGAUUUGAGGUCUGCAUUAGGGAAUUCUUGCCUUUUGAUGGAAAACACCAAGAUACAGUUGUGGUAAGUGAACUUAAAUUUUCUCCUGCAGUCGAGUCUCCACUUGAUCUGAUCACCCCUGGGGUACUCGGGUAGGUUUAAGGUGGGUAUGACGGUUAUUAUAAGUUUUUCGGUUUACAACCAUCGUUUAUGUACUUAACGCAACUCAGAGACACUUCAACUGACAUUCUUGUUCACUCUGCACUCAGCCAUGAAUUUAGUUCACUAGGUAGUUGAAGAAAGCCUAUUAAUAUAAGCUUCAAGCUUCGUUAGGUUUCCUUGUCACAUUAAUUUUAUAAUUUAAUUAACUACUUUUAUUCAUGUUGUAUAAGGUUUUGUGAGUGACUGAAUAAAUAAAUAAAUAAAUAAAAUAAUAAAUCUGUUUCCCGUAGAUCAAUCCUGACUCUUGUAAGCAUCCUCCUCCUAGAAUUGACCAACGAUACUUGGCCUUUUGAGGGUCACUGACCGGAGGCUCCACUGUCGUGAUCACGGGUGACGCUACGUACGUACGGCAACCUCAUUUCCAGGGCCUUUCUAUAACAUUUUCCAACCGCCAAGCUAACAUGUGUGAGAAUUAAGAAACAUUCGCAAACAUCCGCCUGGGUCCCCUUGGACAGUUAUAUCUAUUUAUCAUUGUUCACAUGAUAACACCAUAUAACGCUUCUCUACCGCAGAAACAUCAUAAUGGGAUUCAAUACUUAAGGGUGUUGGUCCGGUCACAACAUUAUAAGGCAGCUGCUAAAAGAACAACAACAACAAUGGCAGUUGUCAAAUAGAAUUGAACAAUGUGGAAAUGACUUCACGAGUGAAUUUACGUGCCAACAUAAAGUAAAUCCACUGUACGCGCCAGGAUUGACCAAAACGGAACGACAGUAAAAAACAAAAGUCGAUUGAUUUGAACAGAGAGUGUUUUUUACAAAAUUAUCGAAGUAAGCGUGACUCGAAUUGUGUGCUAUAUUGCCGAAUUGUACUCUUCUCCGGUAAUCUGUCUCUUGUAAAUGAAAAAUCUGCCAAGUCAGUAGCUUCAUAGAAAAGAAUUGACUUGUAAAAUCUUGUUAUCUUUUUCUGCAGGACUGGUUCGCAUUCGUUGGCAGUGGAAGUCAACUUAAUUUUACAAUUACAGGGAAACAAUUAUUUCCAAACAGUGGAAACCCUUCAUCCCAAAACAACUACGGCUUCUGUCAGGUGAGAAACUGAAACGUCCACUUCAAGACUCAAUCCCGCUUUAUCUUCAACAACAACAGCCUAGGGGGGCCUAGUGGGGGCCUAGUAGAGGGAGGGGGGAUUUUUUGCCUUUGCUGUUUUAAAUUGUUUUGUUUAGUUUUCCGCCGUUGUUCUUGGACUGGACCCGGCUUAUCUGAAGAGGGGAAGAAAAGGGGGAAGGUGUACUGGGGCUAAAUAACAUUCUUUAAUGAUUCAUUAGACAAAUAUAUAUAAAAAAAAUGGUAAAAAAUGGUCCUUUGCGGCAAUUCAAGACUCAACUUUGUACUUAAACUGCUCUACCAUCUGCUACACGUUUACACAAAGUAUUCGACAGCAACCAGACUAUGAAUGUAUUAAAGGAAUAUAUCUCGUCUAAUAGAACGGAGGGAAAUGAGGUCCAGGCCGGUUAUGACUACUUUCGGGGUUUAUAAAUUUUUGGCAGACUGAGGCAUAUGAGAAUUGUGGUCAUUUCGACGCUUGAAAUUAAAGAGAGGAAGUACGGUAUUUAGAUUGUAAGAGACCACUUUCUCAUUUAUUCGGCACUUACUGGUCUGGGCUGGGUUGGAUGGAUAACCCAGAGUUAGUCUGAAAUUAAAAUUCACACAUGAGAGCUUGAAAGGUUAAAUCAGUUUAUAAUUAUUUUUAUCUGUAAUUUGAUGUUUGGAUACUCAGAAAAAAAAUGGAAAAAAUUAUACAAAACAAAAGGAAACCCAGAGGAUAGCCCCAAUCGUCCUUCAAACAACUGGGCCUUGGCUUGAUUAGCUAUUUAUCUUUUUAAAGGAAGUGCCUUUCAAUACAACAUUCUACAAAUCGCCAGUUGUGAUUCUUUCGGUGGGUCAUGGAUAUGAUCGGAAAGUCAAGAGUUUCCGUCUUCCAGAAAACAACAUCAUUUCAGCCUGGAUGGAGGUAGGUCUGAACAUCUGUAUCCUCUAUAGUCACGUGCAAGAGAACUUAAAAGUGUCUAUCAUCUCUUUUCACGUGUAAUCAGGGAAUGGCCAUUCUCCAGCGCUUUGUUGCACUAUUUCUUGUUCAUGUAUUAGCAUUGAUUGAUCCAAAUACCUGGUUUUCCCUAUAGUGAGGUAAUGCAGGUACUAUGUUUCUUCGAAACCCGAGAAAAAAUGAAGUGAUUUCGUGCGUUAGUUAAAGUUUUGUUGUUAAAAAGUAGGAAACAAGGUGGAUGAGGCCAAAGGUUUUAGAAAAUGUUCAAAGGUCAUAGGUGGCUGUAUGCCGCGUUUGCUCAGUGUGAAAACUUCGUAUCACUUUCUCUACAGGAAGUUGGGCCGGAGACCAUGAAGAUUUGUGUUAAAGAUCUAAGUGGAUCAGGAUCGAGUCAUGAUCCCUUGACGGUCAGCUAUGCUGUUACUGGUGUUAGGUGUUUUAAUUGAGUUUAAUUGAGACUCUCAUGAUAUUCAAUAAUAACUGAAGGAGGCUAAGUGUAAUAAGAAGAAUAAAUGAUAAGAAGAUAGAGGGCAUCGAGUGUCAUGCGGCCUAGAUGGAUAACACUUACCUGCAUCUUCGUAAUUCUUCACAUUAACAGGGUUAAGAAUCUCAACUGGCCGGAGGUAAACCAGGUGGCUAUAUUUACAAGCGUGGCUGAGGAUGUUCAACACAGGACUACCGUGAACUAAUCCAGCUAGCGGUCAAAGCAGGAAUUUCACUCAGGGCCUCCGAAUUGAAAGGCUAGCCCUCUAACCACUCGGCAGCGCUGCCGAUAUGUUAGCAUCUUCAAAUUUGGUCGGCGCCCUCUCUCCUCCGCAGAGGCUUCCGCUGGGUAUGCCUAGAAAAAAAGAAGAGGCCUCAUAGGAGGAGAGAUGUCCGCGCCAGUUGGUUAUGAAGAUAAGCUGGGGAUUAGAGCCCAUCAGAAGAUUAUUAAUAUACAGAAUGAAUAUAAAAUGUAAUUAAUUUUUAAGUUUCGCAGAACCAAGUAAAAGAGACGACAAAUAAUAAUUUCUUAAACCCAUAAGCACACAAGUACAUAUGACGAGAAAAUACCCUACCUUAGUGGAAAAAAUAAUAUAACUAAUGAAUUGUUUCUUGGUACACUAGACCUGAAUCCAUGCCUGAACGUGCAUUGCCCUAGAUUUGGAGUCUGUAGGACCUACAGUGCACACGACGCUCGGUGUGAGUGUAAUGACCAAUGCCCCUCAUAUCAAGAUCCCGUAUGCACUGCAAAUGGAACAACAUACGACAACCAAUGCUGGCAUAAGUUAAGCUAUUGCAGAGCACUUGAAAAUAAUCUCGUCUAUCACCCAGGAAGCUGUGAAGGUAACGAUAUGCCACGUGAAAAACAUGGACGGUAUAAAUUCAAUUUACAUGGUGCAAUUUUUGGUUUAAAGAAGGUUGUCACUAUUGGAUAUGCCCAUUUGCCCUUGCUUAGUCUUCCCAUCACGUCGUCCGUAGUUGAUUUAUGAAAUAAAAAUGAAAAUGAAAUCCAAACGAUGUUCUCACAACUUGCAAAGCGAUCAGCAGGGCCCUUGAUGGCGGAUUUGUGCACCGCUUAUGCGCAUUACGUCAAAAACAAUAGAUCAACGGUCUUGAGAAGGAACAAAAACAUGGCGGUCCAAGGCGGGACUGUUUCUCACUAUUAUAUUUUGGUAAUUCGCAAAUUUAUUGAUUUUAUGUCGCUUUACAGACAUCAUAGGUGUGUGGUUUUCUUUUUCUGUUAAACAAUUUCCCUCUGCAGAGUUUGGAAUAUGCAACAUAUCGCUCCGUACAGCUGAUAAGAACCGCCGAAGAGUUGAGCUAUAGAGUAGUGUUUUGCUGCAAACCUUAGGAAAGUUAAAGUCGCUUCAAGGUACAGAGCUUUCAGUAGCAGCUGUAAUUUGUUUAUUAGGAUCGUUUGAAUUUUAACUUUGAAUUCAAGGUGUUGACUAAUCGUAAUAUACGAAGUGAAAUGUUAAGUUAUGAAGUGUGAAUGUUUAUUCAGUUAUGAUAUGUAGAGCUGUAAGCUCACAUUUAUAAAGCUCUCUUGAAUAUACUUUCUUCCGAUAAAUUUGACACUUUCUCCAGUAAUUUUUCUCAGCAUCAUGUUGUCCUCGCCCGGCAAAGACGAUGUAACCCAUAAAUCGAUCGAGCGCGUUGUGGUUGGUUAAGAUCUAACACGGUUGCGUUUUAUUUUCCCCCGCAAUUUCAGUACCGAAAGACAAAUUCAAAACAAAGAUGCCUAAUAUUAUUUUUUUUCAAUUUUUUAAUCAUUUCUGAUUUCCUCUGUCGGUUCGCUUCUUGCGACUAAAAAUAUUUACUGUGAGAAAAAUACUGCAAUUAUCCGCUUUCCACCACGCAGGGUGACCGCUUUGCAAGUUGUAAGAACAUCGUUUCUCGUUCUCAGACUUCGUCUUACCGGGUAGCUGUUUAGGCAUGAGGCGAUACCUACAAAAAUUGCACAGUGGAAGAAGAAAGGGUCAAUAACCGGUCUCUUCCCUCUUCGUGCUCAUGCAGCGCCUAAGUGGACUUUGUAUCCUUUCCAUGACGCCAGCAUGACAGAGCAUGACUGGAGGAAAAACUGACAAAAAAGCAAGAUUCAAGUUGACCUCCCCCUCCCCUCACUCCCUCUGAAAAAAAAAAUGCAUGAUUCGAAUUCGUUUUUGCAGGCUAUACUACUGUUACGUAGUACUGGUGGCAUGACAAUUGUUGUGAUAAAUAAAGAAAGAUGGUUGAUUUUAAGCUCUGUGAAGAAAUGAGAAGCGUUGUGAUCAACAUAUCACGAGCACCGAACAAAGAAAAAAACUGAGUCCCCGAGAGGAAUUGAACCUGAGACCUUCCGUACACCGCUCAGAUACUCUAACCACUGAACUACGAUGGACUCGUGGCGAGCCGGCCAUAUACAUAUAA